AUGGAACCAGAAUCCAAUCCAGAAGCAGCUCGUAAACCUCGACCCAUCCUGAAUUUUCCCAAGGACUGGCUACCCGACGAAAGCGAUGAAGUGACUGAUAAGAUCAAAAUGCCUCCUUCCCCUACGCAUCUUCAUUGUAGGCUAGUGAAGCGCUCAAGACAUACCCAGAAGCAUCUUGCACAAUUUGUGCCCAAGAAUGCCCCCAGCGCCGCAAACGACGGGAUGGAAACGACCGUACGCAGGCAACUACCCGAACGGGUAUCAUCUGCGAUUGAAGGAUUGGUCCACAGAGUAAAAGACGGAUGGCGAAAUGAAGAUGGCAAUCUUGCCAAAGCCAUUGACUCGCACUGGGCAAUGCCGAGCGGUCAACUUCCACCCAUGUUUGCCGGCUUGUUCUAUGACCAUACUGAUGACGAAGACAAUGACGAAAACGACGAUGACGACAAACAUCAGUGGCUAUCGCACUUUCGCCAUGAAGCGAAGGAACUCCAUCCAGCACCAUAUGAUACAUCAGGCCGUCUCAAAACCAUGCCCCAUCCUUCAAAGCCUGUUUCAUCAAACUACAUCCAGCCUCCAACAUCGCUCGAAACUAUUCCCACGGAAAUAGCAGAUCAACCCCCUACUCCAGCGCCCACACAAACAAAACUCCCAGCCACGCCAACGCUUAACAAAACUCUUGAUAACCCCAUCUACGAUGUUGAGGUUGAGAGUCUAGACAGGGAUAUCACAGACUGGGAGCAGAUCCCGUGCGAAUUCGAAGAAGACAACGAGUGGGAUAUGGUCGAGGAUCAUGACGAUGUUUUGUAUGCCCAGUCUUAA